AUGCAAACGCCAAUCCCGCCUUUCGCCACCCUCGGCUUCGUGUCCAUGUACAUGGUAACCUGGGAACUCGUCCUCAUCACGCUCUCCGCAGGUUUCAUCAGCGGCGGCUUCGCGGGGCUCUUCUGGGUCUACGUCGAAACUGCACACGGCUACGCCUCUAUAUUGGCGUCUCUCGCGGAAAUGGAGAGUAUGGCACUCAUGUCGGGGGUUAUUCAACGGGUUGGAUGUGAACGCUGGGGUGGCUGGCUUGUUUAG